GAGGAACCUCAGACUGUGCGGGACGGUGCCGGACCAUCGUACUCCUCUUAUCCUGAGGAACCUCAGACUGUGAGGGGCAGUGCCACCCUUCCAACAGAGAAAAGGUUUUCCUGUACUGAGUGUGGGAAGUGUUUUUCAAUGAAGUUCCAUCUUUACAGACAUCAGCAGACACACGGAGGGGAGAAGCCGUAUUCUUGUCUUAAGUGUGGGAAAUGUUUUUCACAAAAUUCCCAUCUUCAAAUACAUUAUACAGCUCUGCACACAGGGGAGAAGCCAUAUUCUUGUCCUGAAUGUGGGAAAAGUUUUUCACAGAAGUCCCAUCUUUCCACACAUCAGAGAUCUCACACGGGGGUGAAGCCGUAUUCCUGUCCUGAGUGUGGGAAAUGUUUUGUAAUGAAAUCACAUCUUGCCACACAUCAAAGGCUUCACACAGGAGAAAAACCAUACUCCUGUUCUGAGUGUGGGAAAUGUUUUUCAGACCAAUCCUUUUAUCAUAGACAUCAGAGAUUUCACAUGGAGGAGAAGCGAUAUUCCUGUCCCGAGUGUGGGAAAUGUUUUUCACAGAAGUCCCAUCUUUACACACAUCAGAGAUCUCACACGGGGGAGAAGCCGUAUGGGAAAAGUUUUUCACAGAAGUCCAAUCUUUCCACACACCAGAGAUCUCACACGGGGGAGAAGCCGUAUUCC